AUGUCGCUGAUUUUACAAGACGACAGAAUUAUCGUUAACAAAGCAGACACCGCAGCAGCAAAGAAACUCGGGAAGAUACUGAUUCGUUAUGAGCGUUUGCUGCUGCGUCUGCAGCAGCUAGCAGCAGCAGCAGGGCCUCUGAGUAAUGCUGCUGUUUGCGGAGGCUUAUUAAAAGCAAUUGAUGAUAACGCCGACCCUGCAGAGUGGAUGCAAGACUGCGUCGUAGAAAAACACAAAAAAGAAAAUAAUGCACUCAGAGGCAUCUUACAUGCUCUUGGGUCUUAUCAAGCAUCUAUUUUGCAUGUAUUGAAGUGGGAGCACCUCGAUAAACCCCUACCCCCUAUACACCGUCUUCAGCUGCCCCAGGAGCAGCAGCAGGUGCAGCAGCAGCAGCAGCAGGUGCAGCAGCAGCAUCAGGUGCCGCAGCAGCAGCCCAUGCAACUGCAGCAGCAUCAGGUGCCGCAGCAGCAGCCCAUGCAACUGCAGCAGCAGCAGGUGCAGCAGCAACAGCCGAUGCAACUGCUGCAGCAGCAGGUGCAGCAGCAGCAGCAGCAGCCGAUCCACCUGCAGCCGCAGCAACAGCUGCUGCUACCCAUGCAACUGCAGCAGCAGCAGCCGCAGCAGGUACAGCAGCAUCUCAUGCAACUGCAGCAGCCGCAGCAGCAGCAGCAGGUACAGCAGCAUCCUAUGCAACUGCAGCAGCAGCAGCAAAUGCAGCAAGCCCCUCUACCAGCACAGAGGCCGCAGGAGCACCUUCAGCUAUUUCCUUCUUCCUCGUGA